CAACUUCUGUAGUUGAUCACUUUUAUACAUAUAUACAUAUAUAUAUAAAGUAAAACCGAAACUUUGUGGCUUAGAAUAAUACAUAUAAUGGGGUUCCAUUUCCCAUACAUGCUAGCUUUUCUCAGUUUGGUGUUUGCAGGAAGCUAUGGCGUGCAGUACUCUCCUGAGCUGUAUUGGAAGUCUGUCCUGCCAAACACACCAAUGCCAAAAGCUGUCACUGAUCUUCUACAAUCCGGAAAGUCGAGCAAAGGAAGAGUAUCUGUAAACACAAGACAUGAGGGCAAGCCAACACAAUUACCACCAUUACCAAUACCAUCACCAAAAUUACCAAUACCUUCAUUACCAUUACCACCACUACCACCAUUACCACCUAUGCCUUCAUUACCAUUACCACCACUACCACCAUUGCCACCAAUACCAAUACCACCAAGCAACACAAGGCAUAUGGGCAAGCCAACACAAUUACCACCAAAGCCUUCAUUACCAUUACCACCACUACCACCAUUACCACCAAUACCAAUACCACCAAGCAACACAAGGCAUGUGAGCAAGCCAACACAAUUCCCACCAACACCACCAAGCAACACAAGGCAUAUGGGCAAGCCAGCACAAUUACCACCAAAGCCUUCAUUGCCAUUACCACCACUACCACCAUUACCACCAAUGCCAAUACCACCAAGCAACACAAGGCAUAUGGGCAAGCCAACACAAUUACCACCAUCACCAAUACCAUUACCACCAAUACCAAUACCACCAGGCAACACAAGGCAUAUGAGUAAGCCUGCACAAUUACCACCAUUGCCAAUAACAUUACCAAAAUUACCAAUACCUUCAUUACCAAUACCUUCAUUACCAAUACCAGGACUUACUUUUACUACUUAUGCAGCAUCAAGUGAGACUCAACUACUUCAUGACAAUAAUCCAAAUGUGGCUCUAUUCUUCUUGGAGAAGGACAUUCAGCCAGGCACUAAAAUGAUGAGCUUAGAUUUCAUCAAGAGUGGUACUAGUUCUAACCAAGCAACUUUCUUGCCCCGCCAAGAAGCUCAAUCAAUCCCUUUCUCAUCUAAAAAAGUGCCUCAAAUUUUGAACCAACUUUCAUUGAAACCACAGUCGGUUGAGGCUGAGAUGGUGAAGCAAACAAUCAAGGAGUGUGAAGCUCAGUCAAUCAUCAAAGGUGAAGAAAAGUAUUGUGCCACUUCGCUAGAGUCAAUGAUCGACUUCACCACUUCCAAGCUUGGAAAAAAUGUACAAGCAAUCUCUACACAAGUGGAGAGUGGUCAUUCUGCCAUGCACAACUGCACUAUAACACAAGUUGAAAAGAAGAGAAACUCAGCAGGAAGUAGUAGUGAUGUCAGAACUGUUGCUUGUCACAAGCAAAACUAUCCAUUUGCAGUGUUCUAUUGCCACACAACACAAGCCACCGAGGCUUAUGUGGUGACCUUAGUAGGUGCUGAUGGCACCAAAGCUAAGGCAGUCGCUGCUUGUCAUAAAGACACCUCUCAAUGGAAUCCAAACUACUUAGCCUUUCAAAUCCUUAAAGUUAAACCAGGAACUGUUCCAAUCUGUCAUUUCCUUCCUGAGGAUCAUAUAGUCUGGAUUCAAAACUAGAAAAACCUAUAUAUGUAUAUAAUAUAGAUAAUAAGUAUGCAUGCACCGUAUGUAUGUGAAUCAUGCAUGUAUUAGUGUGUUUGAAGUUCAUCUUUUAUAUAUUCAGUCGUGUACUAUGUAUGUUUUCUGUUAAUAAAAAGGGCAUCAUCAUGUGGUUCCAUUAU